AUGGACAUCAAAGAGCCAAAGGAUAUUGAAACUCCUUCGGCAGCGGGAUCACCACUCGAUGGCCCCAAUCAUGAAGGUCACAUCGUUCUGAUUCCCCGACCCAGUACCCACCCCCGCGAUCCCCUCAACUGGUCUUUAAGGCGCAAGUAUAUCAUCGCGGCAGUGCUAUGCUUGGCUUCGUUCUCGGGUGCGGUCGCGCCCCUGUCGGGUCAGCUUAACCUGGCAGAUCAGGAGAAGCUCUAUGGGAAGACGAAGAUCCAGGAAGCUUAUGCAAAUUCCGCCGCCUUGGCGGGCAUGGCGGGUGGUCCGUUCUUCUUUGCGCCUAUAUCGCAUAUUUUCGGCCGCAGCUCGGUCAUCUUCUGGUGCAUACUAUGUACGCUCAUCUGCCAGAUCUGGGGAGCGGUCAUGACGCACUCGGACGACUAUAUCCCAUUCAUCAUGUCGCGGCUUUUCGCUGGAUUCUUCGGCGCCGUACCCACCGUGCUCGGCCCGCGCAUUGUCACCGACUUGUUCUAUCUGCAUCAGCGUGGUCGCGCAUUUACCAUGUUGCACAUGGGCUUCUUGUUCGGUACCAUUGCCGGUCCCACUUUCUCUGGCUUUGUCUCCGCCAACACCACCUUCCCUGUGGAGUUCUGGUGGACGGUCGGACUGUUGGGAUUCACUCUCAUUUGCUGUUUCUGCUUCCUUGAAGAGACGGGCUUCGAUCGUGAGAACUUUGAAAGAAAUCCUGAGAUCCCUCGGGGUCUUGUUGCGAACCGCUUCGCGACUUUCUUCUUUGGGCACAGUGUCGUGCUGCCCACAACCUGGAAAGAAACGGCCAAAGUCGCUGUCACACCCUUCCUGAUUGGAAUCUGUCCCGUAACAAUAAUCAUGGGCGUAUUCACCCUCAUCUCCUUCGGAUUUUAUGUCGGUGUCAACGCCUUGACCCCCGUCUGGCUCCAAAAGCCUGUUUCAGAAGGUGGCUACGGCUUCACACUGAAACAAAACGCUGCCUUUACAUUCUGCCACUGGAUCGGCAUCAUCCUCGUCCAGUUCUACGGCCACUACCUUAACGACAGGCUCCCCCUUGCACUGGCCCGCCGCUUUAACAACGGUGUCUGGAAACCGGAGUACCGGCUGCAUGUCCUGUGGAUCCCAAGUCUGAUCCUGAACCCUAUCGGACUAGGUAUCUUUGGCGCGGCACUGCAGUAUCAUCUGCACUAUAUGGUCCUUGCGCUCGGCGUGUUCAUUGUUACGAUUGGCUCGUUGGCUAGCGUGCCUGUAACGGUGAACUAUGUUGUCGAGUGCUUUACGAACCAUCCUGCCGAAGCAGGAAUCGUUAUUGGAGCCUACCGCAUUGCUUUUGGGCUUACCAUUAGCUUCUACAUUAACCCCUGGGUGGCGGCUGUGCACGUAGGCUGGGUUUAUGGAAUGAUGGCUUUCUUUGCUAUGUUCUCAUUCUUCUUUGUUAUGCUGCUUAUGUGGAAGGGGCAUGCUAUUCGGGGUAUUCAGUUUGCUAGUUUGGCUUCUAGUGAGGAGGGAGAAAAGUUGAUGGAGGAGUAG